AUGCGCGUUGAUAUAGAGCAACGACAAUUUGCUGAUUAUUUACUAAAAUUAGGAAACGGCGAACUGACCCUAAAUACUAUGGAAGAAAUUGAAUUGCCACAGAAUAUCAUUUCAAGCAACAAUCUUAUUGAUGAAGUAUUUGGUAACUGCUUAGCCAAUCAAAAUUAUGAGGGGAUGAAAGACAGAGCAAUACUCGCGCCUCUUAACAAAGAUGUUGAAAAAAUUAAUGAUGAUAUAGUUGCCAAACUUCCCGGAGAGUACAAAAUCUACUAUAGCCAUGACUCAAUGAAAGAUCAACCUGAAGGAGCAGUUGAAUUUACAACAGAAUUUCUCAAUAGUGUCAACAUUUCAGACUUGCCACCACAUGAACUAAAAUUGAAAAAAAAUGCGUUAAUAAUGUUGUUGCGUAAUUUAGACGUAUCAGAAGGACUAUGCAAUGGUGUAAGACUCAUGGUAACAAGUCUGUGCAAUCACAUAAUAAAGGCUAAAAUUGUAACUGGUGAACAAUCCGGCAAAGAAGUACAUAUACCAAGGAUAACGCUUGACUCAUCAAAAGGACAACUGGGAUGCACCAUGCAGCGUCACCAAUUUCCCGUUAGAUCUGCAUUUGCCAUGACUGUUCACAAAUCACAAGGGCAAACUUUCGAAUCUGUUGGGGUUGACUUAAAGUCAAGUCCGGUCUUCAUGCAUGGCAUGUUAUAUGUGGCAUUUUCUAGAGUUAAGCGACCAACUACGUUAAAAGUCCAUCUACCAAAUGAAAAUCCGCGACAUACUCGCAAUAUAGUAUGGAAGGAAGUAUUU